ACUAACAAUUUUGACACCUUUAAUUUCUUUCACUGUUAGUAAUUAACCUCAUCUCAGCUCUUAACAAUGGAUCCUCAUCCUCCCCAAGCAACACGAACACGAAGAAACUCCAUUGAGCUUGAAACAGUCCUAGCCAACAACACAUACGAAGAGCCUAAUAACCACCAACAGAUUGACGCUAAACAAACUGAUCAAACUCAAGACUUUGACUACACAAAAAGGGCACAAUGGCUACGUGCUGCAGUUCUAGGAGCCAACGAUGGGCUAAUGACCACAGCAUCACUAAUGAUGGGAGUUGGUGCCGUCAAACAAGAUAUGAAGGCCAUGAUCUUGACUGGUUUUGCGGGCUUGGUAGCCGCAGCAUGCAGCAUGGCAAUCGGCGAGUUUGUGUCGGUGCACUCACAGCGUGAUAUUGAGGUUGCGCAGAGAAAAAGAGAGAGUAAGGCAGGUAAUCAUCAGGUGGGGGCGGAGGCUGAGGAAGGAUUGCCUAACCCCAUACAAGCUGCAUUUGCAUCGGCACUAGCAGUUGCGGUCGGGUCCUUGGUGCCGUUAUUGGCAGCAUUAGGUGUUAAAAAUUAUAAGGUGAGGCUUGGGGUGGUUCCCGCAGCUGUUACGGUGGCUUUGCUAGUGUUUGGGUGGUUAGGUGCGUAUCUUGGGAGGGCAUCGCCUCUAAGGGCUUCCUUUAGAGUUUUGUUGGGCGGUUGGUUUGCGAUGGCUAUUACUUUUGGCUUAACCAAAUUUAUUGGGUCCCGUGGGUUUUAA